AUGGUGCGGGUGUGCUUCUCUCGACACACACGAAUCAUAAAAGACGAGCUCUGGAACUUCGUUUCCUUCGUGCAGUUCGUGUUUUCGUUAUUCUCCGCGCUUUAUUUCUUUCCCGAUAAAGUGCAAGAGAAACGACUUUUACUCAGCGCACACGUGAACGAUAAAAAUACUCGGAAAGGAACCGCCAAGAAGAUUUUACGCGACGAUGAGUACGACGACGGCAUUUGCUACAUCGACGCGUCGAUGACACCGUGUACUACCUCCUCGUCGUCUUUAUCGUUCGACAAAGGAAGAGGAGGAGGAGGUGUCUCCGUGUACUACUCGCCGGGGCAUCGAUUGAACUUCGCCGCCGCGGUGUCAAAAUCCAGCUGCAAAGAUAGCAACGGCGCGGAAAUGUUGGCGUUUUUAGCGUGCAUUUUGAGGCACGAUUGGCGAGAAAGACUGACGGUGUACACGGACUCCAGGUAUGUGUUGAAAGCGGCGGAAAGUUUUCGAAAUCAAUCUCGAGGAGGAGAGAAGAGGAAUCCUAGUUUUGGGAGCGUCGUCGAAAACGUGAGAGACGGGAACACGAGGUGGUAUUUGAGGUGCGUCUGUUGGGCGUUACUCUCCCGAGAAGGGCGGACGGUGGUGCAUAAAGUGAAGGCGCACGCGGAAGGGAAUGCGAAUAAUGGGAGUAUUCGAUCAAAGAAGAACCAAGGAUCCUCGUACACGGCGAGGAUGAAUAACGCGCGAGCGGACGCGUUGGCGAAUUUUGGCGCGAAGAGUAGCGCGGACGUGUUUCAGAAUCUAGGGAGCUUUUGGGGGAUAGUGGUGGCGAUGUAUCGGUUCGCGGGCGCGAGGAGGAGAGGCAGAGGAGAAGAAGCGCCGUCAAAUUCUACUCCGAGCGAGAGGAGAGGGAGGUACGAGGACGACGAAGAAGACGAAGAGGAAAAGGAGGAGAGAGAAUAUUACGAGAGGAUGGCGAAAAGGAGACCGUUUGGGUUGGGCGCGUUGCGCGUCGUUCGAAACGGGCGGAUUAUUAACCUCUUUGAUGCAGAGGAAGAGGACAAAGAACGCAAGCAACGAGAAGUACGCUCGGGACCUCCGAUACCGCUCAACGAUGAUUUCUCCAUCACCGACUGUCUCGCGUUGGAUUGCGAGAUGGUAGGCGUUGGUUUAGGCGGCGUGAAGAGCGUGUUAGGUCAAGUAUCCGUGAUUAAUGAACACUUGAACGUGGUGUAUACGAGCUAUUGUCGUCCGACGGAAACCGUGACCGAUUACCGAACGCAAUGGUCGGGAUUGACGGAAGUACAUCUCCGCGACGCGCCGAGUUUUGAGGAGGUUCAGAAUAAAGUCGUGGAACUUUUUGGAAGCGGUGGUACCGACAGAAGACGCAAAAUCAUCAUGACCGGUCACGGAUUAGAAAACGACCUCGAGGUCCUCCGAAUGACUUACCCGAAAGAACUCCUCCGCGACACGGCGACUUGGAAACCAAUCUUACGCCCGCCGCAUUUCAAAAAACCGCAAAAGUUGAGAAAGUUGGUGAAAAUCCACUGCAACUUUUCCAUUCAACGAACGACAAAAACGAACGAAACAAACGGGGAAACGACAUCAAAAAGUGUCCUCGGUCACGACCCAUCCGAAGACGCUCGAGGCAGCAUGGUUUUGUAUUUGAAGUUUAAGAGCAGAUGGGAACAAGAUAUCGCGACGAGAGGUGUUGCCAGAGCAAACAUUGCUUCGAGCAGGUUCAGAUGA